AUGUUCCGGAACAACCGGGUGAAACACAUCGGUUGGUUCGUUUACGAAUCGUUCGCGAGGACUAUUGGAUACCGUCAGCCCCGUCGUUUAGCUGUCAAGCCAAACAUCCGACUACCGGUGGCGUUGAGCCUGGCCCUUCCUUUCUUUAGCAGUAAAAAGACAAGCUUGACCAAAGUCAACGAACACGAUUUAGAAGUUGAUGACGACAAACUAGUCUUGCAACAAAAACUUAUUGAAGCUGAUCAGCUCUUUCUGGCAAACAAGUAUGAGGACGUAGUACGUUUACUUGUAGACUAUAAGGACAAAAAUGAUGUACAAGUACUAUGGCGUUUGAGCAAAGCUGAGUACAAUAUGAGUUUAGAUGAAAACAUUAGCAAGGAGAAAAAAAAAUCUUUGAUAUCAUCAGCACAUGAAUGUAUUAUUAAAGCAUUAAGUAUUGAUUCAAAUAUAUCUGAAGUUCACAAAUGGGCUGCUGUCUUAAUCGAUGCAUACAGUAAUAUCAAUUUAGGGAUCAAAGAACAAGUACUUAAAUUGGAAACUGUAAAAUUUCAUUUGCAAAUGGCAUUGGAACUUAACCCGAAAGAUCCAUUUUCACAAUACAUGAUUGGUUAUUGGUGUUACAAUCUUGCUGAUAUCUCUUGGUUUCGGAGAAAGCUUGGAUCAAUUAUAUUUGGCACUGAUAUUCCUGAGUCGACAUAUGAAGAAGCAUUAGAAUAUUUUAGACAAGCUGAAUCAAUUCAACCUAAGUUUUACUGCAAAAAUCUCCUUAUGUUAGGCAAAACGUUUUUGAAGAUGGACAACAAGUUUAGCGCCGAGUAUUAUCUGAAAUUAGUCACCCAAUACCCUGUUAAAACUGUCGAAGACCAUCAGGCCAAAAUUGAAGCAGAAAAAAUCCUCAAAUCAUCGUUUGGGUAA